GUUUGAAGCAGACACUGAAGUGCAGUACAUGUGAGCAUCUUGAUUAAUCAUGUUUCCAGUGGUUGAACACAGAAGAAAGACUUGGAUACUUGUGAUUAUUUUUACUUCUAUCAGCCUUUGCCUCGUUUCCUAUUCAACUGCUUUCUCCCACGGUGCGAGUCUCGCUGCCUGCACUGACAUGAGGCCCAAACACAUCCGAGCAGCGCCACAGAGCAUCAGGAAGAAUUAUAUCACGAUACACACCAAUAGGUCAUUCUACCUCCCUGGAGACCGAGUACCUGUUACUGUGAGAAGUGCACGAGAUUUCAUGGGCUUUCUCCUUCAAGCUCGCAGAGUUUCUGAUGACCACAUAGCCGGAUCCUUUGUAUUUAUACCACCCGGUUCCAAACUUCUAAGUUGCUUUGAAGAUGGAGACACGGUCACCCAUUCAGACAAGUCUUUGAAGAGAAACCUGUCUUUUGUGUGGAAGGCACCAGAUCAGCCUGUUGGGGACAUUAAAUUUUUUGUAUCCAUUGUUCAGUCGUAUUUUGUUUACUGGGCAAGGAUUGAAUCUUCUAUUUUGUUAGAACAAGUUCCAAACAGAACAACGGAAAUACACAAACCAGAAGUUUCAACUAUUUCAAUUUCCACAGUAUCAGGUUUGGUGCCUACUAACAGCACUGCCAGUGCUCUCGACCCUCCUUAUUUUACUUUGAAACCACCAGAUAUUCUACACCCCUUCACAUCUGGUUUACGCAAUGAUAUUCUGGCUAACACAGAAACCCAUACUAAACAUACUAAACAUCAAACAAAGCCUUCCACUCAAUCAUUAAGAAGAAGCAAGUUUAUAAUUGAACCAUCACUACUGCCUCACAUACCAAGAAUAUCCCAGAGUCGUUCAACUAACAAAAGUAUUCUUGUACGAACCCUAAACACAAGUGAAUCAAGCAGAAACACUCUCUGCCUUUCAUGUAAAGAAAAAAAUAAGGAUUUUUCUACAGGAUUUACAACAUCUCCACCUACACCAUCCUCCUCUCCUGAUCUAUACUCUUGGCCUACAAUGCUACUUUUGGCAAAUUCAGAAAUACAGAAGAACCCGACAAUUAUCAGUUUGGAAGGCACUCAAGAGAGUAUCUUCUCACCUUCCCCUCGACUAGACAUAAAGCAUGAUGUCACCGAAGAGAUUUCUGCAAAUUUCCUGCACCACUCAGAGGAUAUAGCUUCAGAUAAUAAUGUGGUGAUUAAAGCUUUGGGUACCUCUCCAUGGGUCACCAACUCAAUCAAGGAAGCUGUUGCCCCUGGCAAAGAAGGUGGAAAUAAGAACAAAGGGAUACAACUUGCCAUAACUCAGUUGGGUAUCCUGUUAGGAUGUUCAGCAGUUCUUGGCAUGGCCAUGGCAGCAGUCCUACGAUGUAUUCAUGCUCAGUAUUGCCAUAAGAGAACAGAGGUGUCCUUUAGUGAGCCGGAGAACAGUGUCAUUACUUUAAGCGAGAAUGGGGAAAUGAUGCAUUUCAAAAAGAUCAGAGAAAAUAGUUUUGUUUUAGUCCAAGCAGAAUAUAAUUGGAUAGCUCCUGCAGCCAAAGGACAAUAACUCCUUAUUUCAAAUACCGUAAUCAAGGCUGGAUAUGGCAGUAGUCAGCUGUUACAGCUCGCCUGCUACAGUUAUCAAACUUUGUAUUGUUAACUUUCCCCCCCUACUUUCAAGUAUGUUCAUUAUUGUCACUGACCACUCUUUACAAUUUGGAAUGUUGAUGGUUUCAUGGCGGGAGGAAGGAGAGCAAGAUGUCUUGCUCUAUCUCUUACCAAAGGUGGCAACAUUUGUAGAGUACUAGCGUACCAUUAAUUAGCCAAUCAGCACAUGCUAUAUUGUCAGGGGCAGUCUCAUAUGGCAUCACAUGAUUUCUGCCAAAUGUGCAACUGACAUAUUGAGGGAAAGUGUUCUGUUGUAAAACGUGAUACAACAAUGUAAAAGUACUAAAAGUUGGGUAUAUCAGCAGACACAUUCCAUUAUAGACUAUUUUACAUUAGACCAUUUUUAGAAUAGAACACUUAUAAAUGUAUCUCAUUAUACUGUAGCUCCCUCUAUAUUGUAUCUUCCUCUUCUGAUUGUCAAAUGGAAAAUAGUGUGGACGUUUUCAUUAGCACUGUUCAACAAUGGCAUUUCAAUGUUUGCAUGUUUGUGGCUAUUUAAAUAAUUAAAUGUAGUGUGCCCUCUGCAAAUAGGUCCAUACUGCCCAUGGGAUUCAAACCAAUACAUCUACCCACAAUGUCCAUUCUCUGCUCACAGGCUUCAUGCACUGCAUAACGUAUUCACACACAGUAUUCACAGAUGGCCCACAACAUUCACACAUUAACCACGUCAUUUACACGCUGCUCACAGCAACAAAAUUAAACUCAGAAGUCACACAUACAGCCUUAUAUUCCGAAGGAAACCAGUAUAUUCACACACUGCAUUCACAUACAACAUAUAGCAUUCAAAAACUACAAUAAGAAUUCAAACAUGGGAGAUAUGAAGUCGAAACAGAGAGUUGCAGGGCUAAAAAAG